AUGGUCUUGACAUUCACCUGGCCCUUUGAGGAAGGACAGAGACCUUUCACAGCAUCAGAAGAGCCUACGACACUAUCCCAAUCAGUUAAGCGCGGCAGAGGCCGACCGAAGGGCUCCAAGAGUAAGAAACAUGAUACAGCUGCAGUCCCACCGGCCCAGGCUGUAGAGAAGCGUAAGAGAGGAAGAUCCCCCAAACAGAAACCGGGAUCCCAGGCGUACGAAAGCAGCCCACAGAUUCAGCCGAGGAGCAAACGGAUGAAGUCUGAUUCCGAUGAAGACGAAGCGGGACCUUCGAUUAAGAAGAGUAAGCGAGGAGAGUAG